CACACAUAGAACAUCCACGCCUCAGCUCCAGCUCUCCAUUCAGCCUUCCAGCUCUCGGCAUUCAGUGUUCACGUCCAGCACUAGGACAAACUCUCGUCAGUCCUACCUGCGAUAGCAGAAAAGUGGUCAUGGAUUACUACUCUUUCUCCCGCAACAACCUCCAAAUGUCGACUGAAUCAACGAAGCCCGACACGUCCUGCAAAGCCUCGGAACUUCCUCGAGACAUCCUGCUGUCUAUCUUCUCCCAUCUGAAUGCCCUCGCGUGCGCGCUGUCUUUGUGUCUCCAAGGAGUGUAUCGCACGGGGAGCGACGCACUCUAUGGCAGUCCAUUGACGUUCCUCGGAAGAUGCGCACCGCGUUUGGGACUACGAGCGGCGUCAUGCUGCGACGCGUGGGAGCGGGAAAUGUCAAUUCGCUCCAGCUCUCUGGCUCCGGAAUCACCGGAAAGUCGCUCAUCCAAUUCGUUCGCACGAAGGCUCUGGCUCCGAACGUAGCCGAGAUUUCAGUUGACCAUUGCUGCAACCUAAAAGGCUGCGACAUCUUGGCCUUCUCCAGGCGAUUUCGCCGUCGCAACCUCCGCCUCCACCUCCUCUGUUCCAGCAGCAGCAGCAGCAGCUAACCGUACCUAUUAUCGGCAUGCUCUCCGCCAGCUUCAUCGAGCAUCCAGAGCUUCCGAAUGGACGGCUGCAAAUGCGCCACGUUGGCGGAAGUGGACGCCAUCCGGUCGCUCGUGCGACGGCUGGAUGUGUCGCAGUGCGGGUGCGGUCGCAUAGCCUGCCUGACGCACUGCGAGCAGCCGCGCUGCCCCGGGCUCUGCUCGCGCUGCACCGACGUGUUCGACGAUUCCGGGCUCAAGUGCGGCGCCUGCACGCGUCCUCGAAACCCUCGCCAGGCCAUGCGAGUGCAGAUUCAGCGGAUUCAUGCUAUCUUGGGCGGUGGGGAGGCUGCACGCACCAGGUGGACCGACGUGAGAUCGGGCGUUGUCACGGUCCGGAUGUAAAAGCUCUUUCUUCGUGUCAUCUAAUAACGUUGGCUAGGCAUAGCCACACUACAAGACUGUGCAUAACUACCAAACAGGCUUGUCACUUUGCAUUGCGUUUUUAUUCCAAUGUCCGAUGUUCAAUCAAAUUAGUUAUUUCUGUAAAUGGUGAACUACCGUAUGUAUUCCACAGCUCCUUCGAACCAGUACCUCCACUAGGUGUACAACAUGUCAGAUCGCAACCCAAGAGACUGACGAACCACGGCCACCGUACCGCUCAUGGCACUGCUGCUGCCGGAAUGCCCGCGGCCUGUAGCACAUCGCUGAUCGUGCGGUGCCCCGAAUGCUCCGUGCGCUCCCGCUCAGCUAACGGACGCGCGGACGGAUUUCCGAAGAACAUCGAGCUGCUCAGACUGCUGCACGCCAUUCGCACCUCCAGUCGCACCCAAUCUGCCGCCGCAUCUGACGGUAGCACUGAGCAAGCCGAGUGCGGUAUUGCCGUAAGCAGCGCUAGGCUAAGUAGCAGAUUCAGAGGCAGCAGCAGGAGGGGUAGUGUCCGGCGCGGAAAUUUAGGGUUAGUGUCAGAACGAGACAAUAGUCGCACUGGCGAUGGUUCUACACCGCAGACGCUACCAGUGGGGUGAUAAUAGGGGGGGUAGCAGGUAUAGUAGGAAGCAGUCGGAGCGAGAGUGGCUGCUGGGCCGGCCUGCAGGCAGUACUAGCCAUGGAGCACCUGGCGAAGGCACGUGAUAAUAAGGGAGCGGGUGAUAGUAACGAAGGAGUCGUUGCAGCAUCUGGAUCUGGUGAAGCACGCAUUACAGGGGGUGAUGAUAACGAAGCAGGGGGCCUGCAGGAAGGACUUGAAGGGAGUGCUACUAAUGAAGGGGGAGUGGGACG